CAAAAUCGCCACCACAACACUGCAAUAUUCGCAUUCCACACACCACCAUGCGCGUGUUGACGUCGUUCCUGGCCUUGGCCGCCGCCGUGGUAUGGGGCGCCAAGGUGCCAUCGCUUAGCUUUGAGAAGCCCUUCGAAGACAUCACGUCCGACGGCGUUCGCAUCGUCUCGGACGACUUUACGUUCGGCGGACAUGCAGUUGUCAACAAGCACUUUGUGCGGCUCACCACCGAUCGCCAAAGCAAGCGCGGUUUUGUGUGGAGCAAGGAAACGCUGGGUGCCGCACGUCUUCCCAAGACAGAGUUCUCCAUCGUGCUCACGUUCCGCAUCAGUGGACAAGGCGAACGAUGGUUUGGCGACGGGUUGGCUCUGUGGGUUACCACGGAACCGCGCCACGUGGACGGCGACAACCACGGGUUCAAGGAGACGUACACUGGUUUUGGGAUCAUUGUGGACACAUUUGUGAACGCGGAGCAAGCGGGUGGUCACAAAGACGUGACGUUUGUCGUGAACGACGGCACCAAGUCGUUGGAUGACAUCAACUACUCGCCCGACGGCAAGAAGGGAUGCGAUGCCAAGAACUUGCGGUACCAUGCCAAGAGCGCAUCCUUCUCUGCGUCGGGGAGCAUGUCUCGCGUGAAGCUGUCGUUCGCGAACAACUUCGUGAGCAUCCAGAUCGACCCGACCAACUCUGGGUUUUGGUCGCCGUGUUUCGAAGACACGGUCCAGCUGCCGCCGACGUGGUUUUCUCAAGCGACGAUCGGGCUCACGGCGACCACGGGAUCCCUUGCUGACACACACGACGUCAUUGCCCUGGAGCUCUACGACACCAUGCACGACGACGAGAUUUUGCAAAAGGACUACACGACCGUGGCCGAAAAAGCUCCCCCGGCGUCUACCGACCACAUCGAAGACAAGAACGAGCGCAACCUGAUCAAGAUCAAGGAACUGCAACGACUGUACGACCAAAUGGUCGAGGACUUUGAGCACGAAUACCAAGCGUUGAAGGAAGAGACGGCCAACACGGUCGGGAAGCUUCGCGAGCAGGAGCAGGGCGACUUGCGACGCAUUGAAGAGCUCGAAAAGUGGGUCAACGGCCGCGUGGACGAAAAAGUCGGCUCCAAGGUGCAGGAGAUCGAAGACUCGGUGGACAAAACGCUCCAGACCAAGCUCGAAGAAACCCAAGUGUCGAGCGGGGGAUGGAAGCUUCCGUUUGUGAUCCUUGUCCUGGGCUUGGGGGCCGGCGCCGCCUUUGCCUACAAGAAGUACCAAGAGUUGCGAAAAUCGCAUUUGCUCUAAACGUAACUACAGUUAAUAGUUUCGAACUGGAAAUUUUGGUGAAGUUUCCACUUUCUUUGGGCAA